AUGGCACCACGCCCCUCCAUCACCGGCUUUGAUCCCAGGAAGUUCGCCGCAGCCGCAGGAAACGGCACCAGAGGCGACCCGUGGGCGCGAUACGAGCAAUGGCGAUACACCGGCCCCUUCUCCCGCUUCAACCGCUUCAAGGGCUCCUUCCCCGGCCUCGGCAUCGCAACCGUCGCCUUCGCCGGAUAUCUCGUCGCUGAGCAGAUGCUUUUCAAAGACGAGCAUUCGGCACAUCACGAGGGACAUCACGAGGAGGAGCAUAAGUAA